GAGCCGGGUAAGCCCACGUGAUACAAGUGAGUUACCCCGCUCGAGGCUGAAGAGAGCUGGAAAAGCGUGGCGAGGUGGAUCCCAAUACCUUACCAAAUUUAAGGCUUUCAACAAUUAACUUAUUCUGUCAAAAACCAUGUCUGGAUUCGAAGUGAUCGGAGUGUUAUUAGGAGCAUGGCCUCUCCUAGUUCAGGGACUAAUCUCUUAUAAAGAAAGGGCAGAUAUGUUGUUAAAGCAUGAAGAGACGAUGAACGGCUUCAUCUGGAAACUUCGAGUCGAACACACAGUAUUCCGGUCAUCCUGCGAAAGACUCAUAGAUGGUCUUGCCGAGGAUGCUGAUUUGGAAGGCCUUCUAACCAAUCCGAAUGUUGAAGCAUGGAAAAACUCACUACGUCAGGGCCUUGAUAAAAAGUUGAAGAGCAGGCUUGGCCAUAGCCUCGAGGAUUGUUGGGAGGCAUUGUUCCGACUAGCGAUAAACAUCGAGAAAUUGAUGACUUUGGCUGGCUUGGGUGAGCAAGAUAAGUCAAUUCGAGACAGCUUAUCCAAAUAUCAAAAGAAGUCGAAGCGGCGUGAAGAGAUGUGGCGCAAGCUCAAGGAUUGCAUAUCUUAUGAUAAGCAAAACCGACUGCUAAAAGAAAUUGAGGGAGACAAUGGCCGCCUCGGUCGCUUAUUGCCUAUCACACUCGGUCAGGAAUUCGAUAAAGCCUCCAGGCCACGAAAGGCAGAUAUCCGCCGGUGCGAAUAUAUCAGACGGUCAGCGAAGAGUCUGUAUUGCGCUCUUUGCUCUGGUUGGCUGUGUCAGUGCCAACAUGCCCAUUCUGCUCAUUUGCGUUUGGAGGACAACAUCUCAAAGGCUGAACGCCCCCGGUUCCGUAUAGCCUUCUCUUACGGAUUGAAUCCAACCGGCAGCAUACCGACGAGUUGGACCUGGCAAGAGACUGAAGUUGAGGAAGGCGAGGACGAACCCACACCAUCGCUAGUGCCCUUUCGACCGACAGUCGCGCUUCAGACAUCUGCAUCAACCAACCAAGAGAUUUUCUGCCUCUGCAGCGCCUUAAAAAAGAACAAAAAUCUAAAUACUGCGUCAUCAUGCCUGGGGUACAUCAGUGGGACCCAACGAAAACAUUACGUCCAUCUGGCCAGGUCUUCUCCAUCUGCUUGUACUUAUGGAAAGCCUGUUUCGCUCCAUGAAAUUCUCUCUACCAGCAGCAAUAGCAGCAGCAAUAUUUCAUCACCGACGUCUCACAGUAUCAGCUUUCAUGAUAAAUUGGGCCUGGCUGUUCUGCUGGCGUCGUCGUUGCUCCAGUUUCAGUCUUCUUCUCCUUCCUGGAUCGAGCCGCAAUGGACAUCUCAAGACGUUCAGUUCAUUCCCAACGCUUCCAAUACGCUGUUGGACAAAUGCGCGUACAUUUCCAAGACAUUUCUUACUCCCAAAAAGGCCGCUCAAACUUGCCCUAUUGUCAGUGAUGGCAUAUCCAGCCGUAAACUGUUUAUCAGGAGCGAAGCUGUGUUUGCUCUCGGGACAACGCUCGUAGAGCUUGCCAUCGAAGCAACGCUUGGUUCGGUACAGACCGAUCAUGAGCGGGCCCAAUCAGAUAUAUCGGACCUCUAUACUGCACUGCGUCUUGCGAAAGAAACGGAGCAAGUAAAUGUCCCCAAAUGGAACGCCGUCGUCAAGCGAUGUCUACGAUGUGAAUUCCAGGCAUCACCAGACUUCGAGAAUAAGGCUUUCCGACGAGAGUUCCAUGAUAGCAUCGUGGCCCCUCUGCGGGAUAUUUACGAAGGUUAAAGCCUGAAUACCGAGGUAGCAUUACUCACCAGCAUGUGAACAAGUAUGCAUGGACCAAGUCAUAAUUGGAUGUACAGGACGAAACCCAGUCGAGACUGUACGAAUGGCUCCUUAUGUAUCCAAGGAUGCCUAUAUAAAUUUG